AUGGAUCCCAUGCCAAUGGCGAAUGAGUCCGCCAUGAAGAUGAAGAUGAGCUUCUACUGGGGCAAAGAUGCCAUAGUCCUCUUCUCUAACUGGCCCAACCACAGUCUUGGAAUGUAUAUUUUGGCUAUCUUCUUCGUCUUCGUUCUGGCCAUUCUCUCUGAACUUGUUUCCAAUCAGCCUGCCCUUAAACGUGGGACUAACCCUCUCCUUGCAGGCUUAUAUAAGGCUGUUUUCCAUUUGUUUCAUAUCAGCUUCUCUUAUUUGGUGAUGCUGGCUGUUAUGUCCUUCAACCUCGGCAUUUUCAUAGCUGCUGUCGCUGGCCACACCUUGGGAUUCUUUAUCUCCAAGUAUUAUCGACAUAUUGACCAGGCCAACACAGAUGAUCGCAACGGGUCCUCCCAUAUUAAUCACAAGGUUUAA